AAGUUUCACACAUAAUCUUAUGUUUUAUCAUCAGCACCAAACUGUGGUUUCUUAAAUGUUGGGACUGAACCUUAAAUGAAACUAAAAUUAAAGUCUGAUAAAGUGUUUAAACGCCAAACAAAGCGCUCUUGAAUGACCACUCUAAUAAGGGAAAUUAGUGGCUUGAUUAUUAGCUAUAAAGCCUUAAUUUCCUCCCGGAGGCUGGACGGAGGAGCCCAGUUUAGACUGGUCUCACGGGAAUAUUACGAGGGAUGGUUCAAAGUCUUCCUCCCUCCCUCUUCCUCUCUCUGCUGUCUGUCUGCAGUCGGGAGCAUCUGGAAUCGGUGGGGAAACCGGAUUUUUAUUUUUUAGCUGUUCUUUUUUUUGCACUUUAUAUUUUAAACCGUGUUUUUUGUCGGUUAAAUGAUGGUUUCCCACCGCUGAAAGAUCCACGGAGGAGUUGGAGCCUUUUCCUGGCACUCACUCAGUGGAGGAAAACUCUGACCUGGAGCGGGAAUAACCUGGAAAAUAUCAGGGAAUUUUGGACCUUUAACACACACAAAAAGAGAUAUUACAAACGAGAAGGGAUAAACUCCGUGAUACUCGAGGAGAAAUCCGAGCUGUGCACGCUGUCCCUGCAGGAACGUUAUGGGAAUAUUGCAGUGACUUUCCUCGGGGCGGAGGGGCGCUUUGCCGGGCGGUGUUAUUUCAGAGCCGAGCUCAUCUGAGGGCAGAGGGGGAGCUAAAUGCGGCUGACUGGCGACCCUGCACCGGGAACCAUGAACAGCAGCAGCAGCGGGUCUGGCAACUUUCUGCUGGUCCCCAUACCGGAGUAUCCCCUGCUGGACUGUGUGCCCAACAAAACGGUGAAGAUUGUGGUGCUGGGGGCGAGCAACGUCGGGAAAACCGCUCUGAUUGUCAGGUUUCUGACCAAGAGGUUCAUCGGGGAUUAUGAAGCAAACACUGGGGCUCUUUACUCCAGAAAGGUCACACUGGAUGGGGAGGAAGUGUCGCUUCAGAUCCAGGAUACUCCCUGCGUCGCUCUCCAGGAUGAUGCUGAGGGCCUGUACUGCCAGGAGCAAAUCAACAGGUCCAUCUACUGGGCAGACGGUUACGUGCUGGUUUUCUCCAUCACAGACCACAACAGCUACCGCACCAUCCAGCCACUGUACCAACACGUGCGCCGCAUACACCCGUCUGGAAAUAUACCCGUCAUACUGGUUGGCAACAAGAGCGACCUGCUCAGAGCCCGACAAGUGCCGGCGGACGAAGGCGAGACGUUAGCAGCGUCACUAGGAGGGGUUUACUUUGAGGCCUCGGCCAGAGAGAACCACGAGGGAGUCCACACCGCCUUCCUCCAUCUGUGUCAGGAGGUGAUCCGGGCUUUGGGAGGAGGGAACGGGGAGAAAAGAAGAGGAGGCCUCCACCUGGCCAGACCCAAAUCUCCCAACAUGCAGGAGCUGAAGAGGAGGUUCAGGCAGGUCCUCUCCUCCAAAGUCAAGUCGGCCACUACGCUCUGAUGGGACCAAAACAUCAGGCAGCCAAGUGGCAAACGAAAGAGCUUCUGUGGAAAUAAAAAGAGGUUUUAGUCCUUUUUUGAGCAGAGGCUAAAGAAAAAUGGCAAGAGGCCUCCAUAUGAAAGACUUAUGACUUUUAAGUUUGGGAAUUCAAGCUAUUAAUGGCAUGAAAAGUCACGGCUGACAUCUUCCCUAAGUGAUCAAAGCGUUUUAAAGAUCACAAGCAGUCAUCUUCAGAUGGACGGAUAAAGACAAAGACUGGACGGAGCUUUCAGGCAGUUAAGCUCCCCUCUGUGUUUUUGGAUGAAGCUUUUGGUCGACAUGACCUCUUCCCAGGCUCGAGUUCGAGAAGGAUGCUGCUCAAAGUGAGCACGUCAGCGAGUGCUGAACAAACAGCUCGUGUUGUGUCAGAAACUUGGCAGCUCAGACGACUCACAUCGAGGCUAAAACCUCUCAGUGCACCACAACUGAAGUGAAUUUAAGGUGUCAAAUUAUUCUAGAAUAACUAAGAGAAUUUCAUGAAAACAGUUGUUUCUGAUGUCCUGUUUUGGCCCCCGAGCUUUUGUGGUUUCUUCUGUUUUGUUUGAACGAAAUGAAGAGACUCCUUUUUUGUUCAUGGUUGUUAGUUAUGUGAGAACGACGCCAGAAUUCAGCUUUGCUGAUACCAAAUAAAUGAAGUGUUAGUCUCCAUCCUGUCUGGUGCAGACUGAGAGUCUUCUCAAGAACAUGGUCUGAACCAGAACAGGAAAUGAGCCCAAAGUGCCAGCAUUCAAGGCUUUACACUGAAACAAAUGCUGAUGUGUGACAGCAGUAUGGGAAGCAUAGCGUGACCAGACAAAACACGGACAAACUCCUGAUAUUCAUGGAAGGCAAAGGACGCCAGUGACAAAAGAAAUUCAUUUAAUCGAGUUAAAAUUUAGAAUUGAAAAUUGCUGCCAAAAUACAAAUAAAAAUAGAGAUCCUAUUGACAGGUAGUUUUCAGUGUACUUCAGAGUAUACACUUGCCAUGAUGAUAAAACCGAACAUAAAAGUACCUUUUUAUGUAUGCAUUUUCAAAUUGGCAGAUGAUAUUCGUACUCCCUCUCUGAGUCACAACUCUAAAGUCAGACAUGAUAAAUAUUCUUUUAGAUUCACUCUGACGUCCAUUUCUAUCCAUUUCAUCCAAAAAAGACGUUUAUUUUAAUAAUGGCUGCCCCAGACUUCCAUACUCAGCUGUUUAUUCGUGUGCUUGACUGGUAUGAACACCGGAAUCCAUUAAGGCUCUGCUUAAGUUUCAGGAGCUGUUCUUACGUUUGUUUUAAACCCACAAAUUCAUCGCCAAAACAUCCAACCUGGCCAAGUGACAGGCUGCCAAAACUCUGUCCAGUACACGACAUGUGGAUCGGGAAUCCACGUGACUCUCGGUUUUACAAGCCCUAGUUUGCCUGUGACAGAGCAAACUUUUCCACUACAGCUCAGCCCGAAGAAUCCAAACUCUCGGUGUGAAAGCGGCUUUAAUGGCUCGCGGUCUGCAGAGUAUUUCAUUUCUAUUGUUUUUGUAAGUAAGGUUUUAGUGUUCUCUGGAGUUGGUGUUGCUUCAGAGACCUUUUCCUCCCAACAAGAAGGAAUUUCUGGCCGAGUCACAGCACUCAUGGUACCAAGAAACUCUUUUUACAGCUGUAACAGUUUCAGGAAAGACUGCGACGGCUACAAGCUGUUGUUAAUGGAAAUUAAUGAAUUGAAUGUAAAAUGAAGUCAGUGUAAAGAACUGGGAAUUGGAUCAAGUAUGAAAAAGGAAGCUGGGAAAUGUGUUUGCGGUGUUUGUGUUUUCUGCUGUUCUCAUGACCUCCCCCCUCACACACACACACACACACACGCACACACACUCACACACACACACACACACACACACACGCACGCACAAGAUUCCUAGUAAAGGCAAAAUUCCUCAGCAUCUGGAAUUUCUUUCUCGGUCGCUGACCUGCCAUGCUAACCCUUUCUGCACACACACACUCAGAAAAAUUGUCUGCCGACCCCAACUGGAGACCUUUGGCCCUCUGACCUUUUAAAAGCAGCAGGGAUCCAUCAGAGUCUGGAAAAAUGCUGAGAUAAAGCCAGCCGUCUCACUCGCCGUCUAUCGCGAAACAAAAAUCCCGAGGUGCCAUCUGAGAGCUGCAAGGCGGAAAUGCAUAACGUUUGUGUGCAUGUGUGUGUGUGUGUGUGUGUGUGUGUGUGAAGGCAGGAUAAUUUUCAGCUACUCAAUGUCCAAUUUCCUCUCAGGUUUUCUUUUGAGACCCAAACUUUACUUCUUUAUCUCACACACACACACACACACACACACACACAUGCGUCUCCCAUAAAGACGUCCUUCCUGUGUGCCUCUGCAACAAGUGUCCCGACAUUCUCAAAUGAAUAAAUGAGGAAUUCCUCCCCUUUUCUCCCUCCAAAGCCAGCAAUCCGUUCUAACGUGGGUGUUUAAUGUGAAGUUAUUUGAUAGAUGACGACUUAAUGUGACAUUUAUGAGGCCACUUUUGGAAAAUGCAGCCUGCGCUAAGUGUUCCCUUUUUCGGUAAGGAGAAAGACGGCCGAGUGCGACUGAGAGAAAAUCAGAAUAACAUUGACAUUGUUGCUAAAUAUGCAGUUCUGCAGCAUAAUCCUGCUCGAGCUUGUUUUUGCGAUGAUCAACAGACUCACGAAACAAAGCUGAAAUGUCCAAAAACCCCAAAUCCACGCGGGUGUUUGACUCACGAGAGCAGAAGUGCCCUCUUGGAUGCAUUUCUGGCAGAUAAAACAACAAAAUGCCCUCUAAGGUGCCGUCGUUCUCGUGGAUAGAACAUGAAGUGUCAUUUGUCGGGAUUGGAUCACAUGUUUGCAUUUAAUGCAAGUACUCGAUGUCCUUUAGAAUUAGUGUGAGUGGACAGAAUAUUCUGUUUGUAUUGAAACGUGAGCAGUAAAAUCACACUUUGGAUUCCCCACGUUAUGUGUCCCAAGUGAAGCACCGCAUGUGAUCUUUGUUUUCCGACUGUGCACUUCAGAGCCUUUGGCCUCUCUUCUCCCGCUGCGGCUCUAAAUGGCCUUCAUGCUGUUUGGCGUUGGGUUUAAAGCCUCCGGUGCCAGCUGUUGGCGCACCGUGUGACCAGUGUUGGACUGAUAACACAUCAGUGUCUGCUCGUGUCCCUUAAACGUUCUCAUGAGCUCAGCUGACUUUCCCAAAUGGGAAAUCUUUCCAACGCUGAAGCACACAAACAAGCAAAAAUGAUCAAAAUUCCCUGAUUUCAGCUCCUCUGACUUGUUUAGUCUGAGUGUGUUGACUCUGGACAUGAGUGGGACUCUGUGAUGUUGUUGACAUAAUAAAAAGACCGGCAGGACGUCCCCGUUUUGAGUCUAAUAAAGGCCACUUCAGGCUGAAAUCCAUCAUUUGUUUUAGGUUAAAAUAGGAUUUUGUGUCUUGUUGGAUGUUUGUGGCAGAUUUCUGUGUAUCUUUCCAUUAAGAAGUCAUAGUUAUGUGGAAGCUGCUGUUUGCUGUUUCAAAGAGGUGACUGAACUGUGUUUUCCCCAAAUGUGAGAGCAUUCGUUUGCCAAACAGCUUUUCUGGGCUCUCAUAAAGUUUUACAACAACUGCAAAGAGUAAUAACUGACCUUCCCGUGCGGCAGCUAUUCAAACCAACGUCAGCGUGCUUUGUUGACUUUCUUAAAAGCGCACCCAGAUUAAAACAUGCUCGUUACUAACGUGCUAAUUAUGGAGCUGACUAGAAGAGAUAAAAUCACAGUCAGCUUCGUAACAGCAAACCAGCCAAAGCAACCAAACGCAAAUAUGUGGGUGUUCUGGUGACCACUAUGAGAAAGCACUUAACAACAGCAGUGUGGAGGACAUAAACCAGCUGUGUGUGUGUGUGUCAGUAUCUGCAGGAGGCGGCAGGAUGUUAAGGUCCCGACUGAGAUGAAGUCAAGACCUGAAGCCCAGAGACAGGAAGAGAGACGGAAAGGAAGGUUGUAAGACAAUCUAAGACUUCAGGGAGUAAAACAAACCACGACAUAAAUGACAAGAAAGAAGAGGGGAUGAAUCAUUAUGUCUUCACAUUAAAGGAGCGCAGGCAGCUGGCAUAAACAGGGACGGAGAGGGAAAAAGAGGAGAUAGUGGGUGACAGGAAAACAGAAAUGAAAAGAUUAUGAGCCUGUUUGCUGCUAUGGAGUGACAGCUGAACGCCAGCGUGAAAGGCCAACACGACUUUUUGAUAAUUAAAAACCAAGAAGAUCGCUGCUUGGUGAUUGGUGAAGCAGAAUAAAACUACAGCUCUGACACACUCAGAGCUGCACACUCAA